GUUCCGUCUGACACGUCGCGCUAGUCGCAUGGUAGCUCCACGUCUUCCCCUCCCGUCCUCUGUCCUUCUCUCUCUCUCUCGCGCGCGCUCAGAGGGUCGUCCGUCGUUCGUGCGCAACAUCGCGCCGCACCUCGCCGCCGAUCUACCAUCAGUAUUUCGCGAUCGUGCGCAACCAGCAGCCGUUCGAUCGAGUGUGGCACGCUCUUUUGUACGCUUCAUCGCGCGUCUAUCGUCUCUUUCUCGCUCUAACGCGCGAGUUUCUCGAGUUUUAGGAGGUGGCGCCUCCAUUCUCGCUCGUUGCGCACAACGUCUGGCGUCUUUCUUUCCGCGGGGCCUCACGACUCGUGUCCUCUUGCUCCCACUUUGCGCUCCGUUCCUCGCUCCGUUUCUUUCCUUCUUCCUCGCUUCGUUCCUUCCACUCCGCGACACUCCGAAACCGUACGGACGGAAGAAGCGCGCGAGUAUAACGUACGUGACCCAGCUUGACCCGUGUUCUCUCAUUCGCGUUCGCGCUUGUGCCGGUACGAUUUUCGUGAAACGCGCGCGUGGUGUCUUCGUCGACAGAAGCGGCAGUUUUCACGCGACAGUUCUCCGCACCGGUGCUUCGAGGUUAUCGUGCUCGCCAUCGACAGCAGUCUAACCUGAAGGAACGAAACAUGUGGGCCGGCCAGGACGACACGCAGAGAUUCAAGACCAGGGUGUUGAAACCGCCCGGUGGUGGUAGCAGCGACAUUUUCGGCUCGGGCCCGGAGGAGACGAGCCCGCGUCGCAUCAAGGCCCACAAUCAGUCCCAGCUGGGCUCGGCGCUGUUCGGCGACAUCAACGGCACCGACGGCCCGUCCCCCGUCGUUUCACCGCGCAGCAACAAGCCCGGUAAUGAUUCAUACAAACGCCUGUUUGGCCCUCCCGAUGCCCCAUCCACCACCCAAAACGCGAGAAAUCACAUGCGCAGCAAUAUCCCCCUCAGCGGGGGAUCAUCGGUUUCGUCGCUGUCGUCGACAUCGCCCGCAAAGAGUACGGCCAGCAGCAACAGCAAUUCGUCGUCGGGCAUCGCUAACGGCUUUGCCAGCAACGGCUGCUUCAACGAUAUCACAGCUUUUAGGAGAAAGAAACGAUUUCGACCGUCCUGUGUGCCGGCGCGCAACCCGGUCACCGGCGACGGAAUCGAGGUGACGCCCGUGAGGCGCAUCCCACGAAAGUAUCGAGAUGGCAAUCCGGUAACCGGAACCGGCUACGCGCCCGAGCCGCAGAAGAACGGGCCGGUCAUGCAGAACGGCAUCGCCAGCUCGAAUUCCAGCAGCAGCGGCGAGAAGUCGCACGACACGUCGCCGGCGGCGGCGAAGCCGCCGACGCGUACCCGCGUUCCACCCGGCGGUUUCUCAUCCGGACUCUGGUAAACGGGCGACGUCGCCAUCGGGUCGCCCCGUCCCCCCUCCGGGACACCACGAUUAAUCCUUUCGGCCCUGUGUGCUCUUAAUCCAUUAAAGCCCGCUAAAAUCCACUAGAACCUUCUAAUCGCAUUUGUCCGCGAGACAAUGCCGCCGAGGUCUAAUCUUGAUAACAUCGUAUACCCGCGGUGUGCGUACUUUUCUAUGAUUUUUCUAUGUAGAACCCGAAGAAAGGGCGGCAGAUAAAAUCGUGGGCUUUGAUGGAUUAACGCUCCACCAAUCUCCUUUGCUUUGUACCAAUUCAGAAAAAUACACAGAACCAAGUAAGAAUAGUUUUGAAACUUUUUGAUUUUUUGAAUGACAGAUAACUCUUUCGGCCUGGAGCGAGCGUUAUCGAAUUAAGAUUAAUUUUAGACGUAAUGAAAAUAGUGGUACUUUUUUUCCCCCAAGUAAAGCGCUGUCAUUGUCAACUUUAUCAUUAGGAGAGCCGAAAGGGUUAAUGCGAGGGUGGACGAAAGUUAUAAUACUAAUAAAAUCGUCGAUCCCCCGAAUACAAUCUGCAAUGCGGAAACGAGCGGAAGUCGCGUUCGGCUAGCAACGUGUAUUGCGGCUCGACAGCAACAGCAAGAUCUUAUCCGAAUUCAUCGCAAUUGUGUCUUAGCCUUUUUAAAUUUUAAUCACAUACAAUACACAAGUUUUAUUACACGGAGAAUUAAUUAAAUCGGGCGAGAUGUUGAGCAGGAAAUAACGCUGACAUCACCGGAUAUUCAAUUGAAGUUUUUGAGGAUUUAUUUCGUUUGAGUUGCCGCGCCGGGAACGCAUUGUGGAAGACCGCGAGCGCGCACAAGGGCAGGCAAGCCGAUCCCGGGAUUCCUCGAGCGUGAAUUACCGGUCCUUCAAUUAGCAACUCUAGUAACUCGGCUUUAUCGCGUAACUGUAUAGAGGUAGUUAAAGCGAUCAUCGCGCGUAAAGCGUGCUUUUCUGAGGCUAGAACGCCGCGGCGCGCGAUUCGCAAGUUGUAAAUCAACUUGGCUGAGAAGCGCGAUUUCCUAUCAGCAACAGCUUACAUAUAAUGAGUCAUAUGAAUAAACAGGGAAGAGCAAGCUAGGCGGAAGGUGGAAGCGAAAAAAUAUCCAGUUAGGUUUAAUUUGAAAUAAAAAGACUUAAAAAAAUUGUCUUAGUAGGAUUUUAAUUUAAUUUUUAUACGCUAGUUUAACGAAUUUGUGUGAGUACAGUAUUGUAUCUAAUUACUUUUUAUUCCUGAUAUUUUUUUACCGUCCGAAUUGCUGUCCGAUGCCCCCACUCGUAUUUCUCGAAGUGCUCCCUUCGAGAAAUAAGAGCAAAGGCGCAAAAUAAGGUUUUAUUCAUGCGAUCCAUUUCGAUCCUGCGCGUCGCUGUCGAGCCCCCACGAUCGCGGCCUUUUGCUCGCUUUCGACAUUGCGCGUCGCGUCUCGAUCCCGUAAAAUCAUUUAAUUGGGAAAAUUACACGUCUGACACACGCGCGGGAACUCGCUCCCAUCCCGAGGUGAAGGACAAUGCUAUGCAUAUUCAAAGUACACACCUACAGAAAAAAGUACCAAGAUCGUAGAAUAGUAAGAUCGCCGCUAUACAAUGCGGCAUUGAUUUAGAAAAAAAAAAAAA